CUAGCUGUGAAACGCUUCCGAGGAACUCCGUUACAAUUGCAAUGGCAGCCAGAGCUCGACGUGCCGCUACCAAAGCUCCCAUCAUUAUAGAUUCGGAUACCGAAUCCGAAAAGGAAGCCAGUGAUCCGGAGGGCAUUUUUUCCAGUCCCGAGGUAAAGCCCAAGGUUAAACGUGCCAUCAAGCGUUCCGCUAAAGGAUCAGACGAUGAUUCCGAUUUUGACGAAUUUAGGUUGGACAUAAAACCUCCCGUUAAAAGGAGAACAUCUACUAAAGCAGCCGAAAGUCCUGCAAAGAAAGCAAAAGCUGAGCCCAAGCCGAAGGCUCCGAGAAAGCCGCGAGAACCGAAAGCUCCGAAGGAACCGAAAACGGUGACGAAAGUACCGAAAGAACCAAAGGUACCAAAAGCCCCGAAAGAACCCAAAGCACCGAAAGUUCCAAAGACUCCAAAAGAACCAAAGCCAAAAACCACUGCCGCAAAACGAGUGGGACGAAAGAAAGCUGUUGAACAGGACAUAGGAGUUGAGGAUCAGUCUGUGCUUGAAGUUGAAGUUAAAGAUGAACCACAAGAACAUGUCAUGGAACACAAUUCGAUGGAUGACUCAAGCGCAUAUCCUGUUGAACCAGAGCAAAAACCUGUAAAACAUGAACAGGAUUCCAGACCGAAGUACAAAAAGCGCAUUAGUAUGACGGUUCGGGAUCAAUGGGAUGAUCAUGAACUACUAGCGGAAAUGCAAAAUAUCGAUCGCCAUACAGCCCGCAAUAUAAUUCGGUUGUUUGAGGAAGAAAAUACCAUUCCAUUCAUUUGCCGUUAUCGCAGAGAAUUGAUAGGCGACAUGUCACCCGACGAUCUUCGAGAUGUCAAGUUGGCCUACAACCAAAUACUCUCGAUUAAGCUCAAAGCGGAUACCAUCAUCAAGAAUCUCGAGAAAGAAGAAAAACUUACGGAAGACAUCAAACUGGAUCUAUUGUCGGCCAAAAGCGUCGACGAGCUGGACCACAUGUAUGCACCUUUCAAGCCGGCCAAUAAAGGUUCAUUGGCUGACCGAGCAAAGGCUUUGGGUUUGGAAAGUUAUGCCGAGGGCAUUCUUAUCGGAAGCUUGCCACAAAUUGAUCUUCCGGAAUUAGUUAAACCCGGCAUCGAAGGACUUGAAACAGUUGAAAAAGUCGAAGAAGGUAUCAAACAUCUGAUGGCAUAUAAUUUCAGCAAAAAUACUGCCGUGUUGGAGGAAAUUCGAAGGCUCAUCACAAAAUAUGACAUCGUACUUAGUUCGAGUCAGAUGAAGUCGCGCCCUGGGCGGGACAAGUCGGAAGCAAAUAACAACGGCGCAGCAGGGGCUUCCGGGGGAAUCGCUAGUCUCAAACGAAUUCCGAAGAAGGUGGACGAGUUCAAAUACGAGCACUACUUUAGCUUCAGUUGUACUACCAAAUAUCUUCGACCGCAUCAAAUCAUGGCCUUGAACCGGGGCGAAAACCAAAAGGUGCUCAGCAUCAAACUCCAGUUCAAGGAUCAGGUCAAAGGCGAUCUGUACUGGUUCCUGAAGCGAGAGUAUCUGCAAGCCGGUACCCAGUCCCGAAAGCGAACCGAGCUUUUCGAAGCAUCGUUCGAUGAAGCAUUCACGAAGAAACUGAUUCCCUUGAUGACUCGAACUGUCCGUUCAGAGCUGACCAAGCGAGCCGAGCGAGCAUCGGUGGAGGUAUUCGCCAACAAUCUUAAACAACUGCUGCUAACUGGCCCGGUGAAAGGAGAAAAAAUCCUUGGCAUCGAUCCGGGUUUUAGCAACGGCUGCAAGUUGGCGCUUAUUUCCGAAUGUGGUGAUUUGUUGGAUUCCACCACCGUUUAUCCACACGUCGGAGGAGAGCGGUCCAAAGUAGCACCCGGAAUAAUUGCUAAAAUCAUGUCGAAGCACAAUUGCAACUUGAUUGCCCUUGGGAAUGGGACUGCAUGUCGAGAAACGGAAUCGAUGCUAUCGUAUAUGCUGGAGGAGGGAAUUUUGGACAAGAGAUGGAUUCGUUAUUGUAUAGUACCGGAACAGGGUGCAUCCAUUUAUUCCUGCAGCGAAAUAGCAAAAAAAGAGUUUCCUAAAAUGGACGUAAAUCUCAUCAGCGCAGUUUCGAUUGCCCGCCGUCUGCAAGAUCCGCUCUGUGAGUAUGUUAAAAUCGAACCACGUCAUCUGGGGGUAGGCAUGUAUCAGCAUGAUCUCAACGAAAAAAGCCUCUCCGAAACGCUUGAUGAGGUAGUGAUGGAAUGUGUGUCCUUUGUCGGCGUGGAUAUCAACACCGCUUCCGUCAGUUUGCUAAGUCAUGUAGCAGGUUUAACGGCUAAACGAGCGGAACACAUUGUCACCCAUCGAACGCGGCAUGGUCCCUUUCGCAGCCGUGAACAACUGCUCAAGGUGAAAUUUAUUGGCGAUAAAACUUUUACUCAGUGCGCCGGUUUCAUCAGAAUUGAACCGUUGACGGCUGGUAUUCAAGAGUACAAUUUACUAGAUUCUACUUGGGUUCAUCCGGAAAGUUAUGACCUUGCUGAAAGCAUCAUCAGCAAGGCUGGGUUGUCGAACAAGGAAAUCGGACGCGCUGAUUUCAUUCUAGGAAUUCGAGAGUUUACUUUCCGAACUUCGAAAGAUACAUUGACAAAUAUAUUUGAACAGCCGAUCGAACGGAUCGAAUGCGUAUUAAGCGCCUUGCAGCGAGAUUUGCUACGAGACUACCGAGCUGAUGUUAAUAAACCGCCAAUGUUUAAAAAAGGUCUCACGUCAAUGAACGAUUUGACUGAAGGAACAGUGCUGACCGGUGCGGUCAAUAAUGUGACCGAUUUCGGAGCUUUUGUCGACAUCGGAGUCGAGAACAACGGUCUAAUUCAUCGAACUAAAAUGAACGGCAAGCGGGUGAACAUCGGAGAUAGAGUGGAAGUGACCGUAAUUUCCAUAGACAUUGCCAAGGGACGACUCGGUCUCAAGCUAGAACAAAUUUUGUAAGAUUC